CAGGAGGCACUUCCUAAAAACAUUCCUCUGCCCUCUGCCUGCCUGCCCCGGGCUUCUGUGUUGUUGUUGUUGUGUUGUUUGGAACUUUAUUAGUUCAUUUAGGCUACAGGAGAGAAACUGGAGUGGAGGCAGAGCUGAAAACUUCUCAGUAACUUCUGUUCCACCGUCCUCUCUCUCAGCUGUUACUUUCACUUUGUCUGCUGAGGACCCUCAACAAGGUGUAGAUUUCCUGAAUGGAAGCGGAGCCUCUGCUGACCGGGACUGUGAACGCAGUCUCCGCGGACUAUGGCUCGUCGGGGUCGGGCUCGGAGUACAGAAGGGGCCCGGGCAGCAGGCGGAUGUCCUACUCUGUGUCCGGACAGUCGUGCAGUUUUGAGGGGGCCACAGGUGAUGAAGACCUCUACAUCCAACAAGCUGUGGUCUUCAUUGAGGACGCCAUACAGUACCGGUCCAUCAACCACCGGGUGGAUGCCAGCUCACUCCGCCUGUAUCGAUGGUACUACUCUCGGUUAUGUCAAUGGGGUUUGGGCCUCACUAUUGCGGUGGUUUUGCUGCUUGCAUUCGUUGAGCGCCCGUCCUCCCUGUCCAUCUCCUCUGACCCACGCUACCGCUCCCAACCCUGGGAGCCUCCCUGCGGCUUCACCGAGAGCAUCGAGAUGGUCUGCCUCGUCAUUUUUGCUCUUGAUCUUGCUGUGAAGAGCUACCUGAUUGGCUGGGAGGAAUUCAGAAAGAACAAAUGGCUGAUUGGUUACACAAUAGUCAUUUCUUUGUCAGUCAUUGACUGGAUGCUGUCUGUCAGCAUGGUGUGCGAUGAGAAACUGAGAGUACGGCGACUUUUCCGGCCGUUCUUCCUUCUGCAGAACUCAUCCCUGAUGAAGAAAACUCUGAAGUGCAUCAAGAGGACUCUGCCAGAGAUUGCCAGUGUCAUCCUCCUCCUGGCGCUCCAUCUCUGCCUCUUCACGAUGAUAGGCAUGCUGCUGUUUGCUAAAACAGAGGAUCCGAAGAAGAAUGGAGAAUGGGAGUUACAUUUCAGAGACCUGCCUACGUCCCUCACAUCCCUGCUGGUGCUGCUCACCACAGCCAACAACCCUGAUGUGAUGAUUCCUGCCUACUCCCUCAACAGACUCUACUCCGUCUUCUUUGUCACCUUCAGCGUCAUUGGAACCUACUGUCUGAUGAACUUACUGACAGCCAUUAUCUAUAACCAGUUCAGGGGCUAUUUACUGAUGUCGGUCCAGACGUCCAUCAUCAGGAGACGACUGGGGAUCCGAGCUGCUUUCCAAGUCCUCAGCUGCUGUGGAGCUCAGCAGGCUGCUAUGGAGCGUGUGCGGGUCGAUGCGAUACUGGAGGUGAUGUCAAGAGUCCAGAUGAAAAGCUACUACAGAGCAGCCAUCACUACAGCGGUGCAGCAGUGUGCAGACGUGGGCUACAUGGACAGAGAGCAGUUCAGGAAGAUUUUUGAUGAGCUGGAUAAAGAUCGUAUAAAGGAGCACCCUCCUUUGCCCCAGUAUAACUCCCCAGUUCUGCAGAGGCUUCAGGUGGUCUUUAGUCACUACUAUCUCACUAUUCUGGGCAACGCCGUGGCGCUGGCCAACGUCAUGUGUAUAUGUACUGUUUUGGUGCUAAACUCUGAAAAGACCACUGCAGAGAGAGACAACUACAUCAUGGAGAUCAUCAACCUGUGCUUCAUCCUCUACUACCUGUUUGAAAUGUGUGUGAAGAUCUUUGCCUUCGGCUGGAGAGGUUACCUCUCCUACAGGAACAACGUUUUUGACGGAUUCCUCACCAUCCUGCUCCUGGCCCUACAGAUCACCAUUUAUGUCACCUACAAGCUUCCUCAUUCUCAGUGGGAUCCAUCCACUCAUAGUGUGCUGUCUCUGUGGGAGAUGGUUCGUCUGGUGAAUUUGCUGAUUGUCUUCCGCUUCCUGCGCAUCAUCCCGGACAUAAAGCUCAUGGCGUUGGUUGCUAGCACGCUGUUGGAUCUUGUGAAAAACCUCCGGGCCUUUGCAGGGAUACUGGUGGUGGUGUACUACGUGUUUGCUGUGUUUGGGAUCUGGCUGUUUGAAGGAGCCAUUAAACCUCCUCCUCAGACGGGUGUGCUCUCCAACACCACCAUGGAGAACAUCACGUCUAACUUCAGCAUGGCGUGUGGAACCUAUGAACAGCUGGAGUACUGGCCCAACAACUUCGAUGACUUUGGGGCAUCCAUCCUUUUGCUGUAUGAUGUCAUGGUGGUCAAUAACUGGCAGGCCUUCAUGGACGCCUACAGCAGAUACACCACAGACUGGGCCAAGAUCUACUUUGUGUGCUGGUGGCUCACCUCCUCGGUCAUGUGGGUCAACUUGUUUGUGGCGCUCAUCUUAGAGAACUUCAUCUACAGGUGGGAUCGCAGCCACAGCUGCUCUGUUACAGAGGUGGAGAAGACACGAUAUCAAACUUCUGUCCAGCUCAUGUUCAGAGAGCAGAUUCAGGAGCCAACAGAGGAGGAGUUACUCUGUCAACUUCACCAACACCCACACUUACACCUCCACUGGUGACCAGAGGUCUCACAGCACCAGGUCCAGAACUACUGCUGCAUGUAAAGCUGUGUGAAGAAGCACUGAGAGGUCAACAUGAGAAUUUAGUUUUAGUUUGUCAUAGAGUUCUAUUUUAUUUUUACUACUGAACGCAGUAGACCAGUGUGUUAAUAUUUUUAAUUCACAAGUGAAACCACUGCCACCUUAGUUUUUUUUUUUUUUUAAGUGUGUGGAGCUUCAAAACUAAAGGCUCAUUUAUGCUCCUUUUGCCUACAAAAUUAGAUCAAUGUGGCAGACGACACAGCUGUCACUGCCCACUUAUUCAGGUGCAUCUGUUACAUUGUGGUGGAUGUUAAGAAAUGAGGUCGCUGUCUCAUUCAGAGCUCCACAGCUCCUUGGCCACUCCGUCUGUCCUCCAUCCAACUUAGGUUCAGAUCAUUCUUCAUUGUGUUUUGCCACUCUGACACUUUUAAAGGCAAAUACAUUAGAAAGAAAGUCAAAAUCAUGAGUUUAAAAGGCCAAAAUAUGAAAUGAAUUUGUA